AAAACUCGGGGUUGGUGUUCCAGUGAACACCCGAGUAAACAGCUAGUUCAUAGUGUAGUUAAGUUAGUAAAACGUGGUAACGUUGCACGUAGUUACGGGUUAAAUUGACCAGCAAACCUUGCUCAUGCUCUGUUGUUCAGCCUUGAAGGGUUUAGCUAAUAACAACAGUGGAUGUGGCCGUUUGUCUCUUUCUUCAACCCGUUAAUAACUGUCGGGAUGUAACGUUAACUUAACUGGCUAGCUAGCUAGCAGCUAGGCGGUGUGAUUUAGGGGUGACGUAUCAUCUGUUAGUGUCGCUAGUGUUCUCACUGCGAUAAUAAACGUUAAAUAUUUGACGGUGACAAAAAUAGCAAUUAGCAUUAACCAGCUAACCCUAAAAGGAUACUCGGCUAGCUAAGGUACAGUCUAGGCUCCUAAGCUAGCUAGCUUUUAAGUGGGAUAGGACGUCUUGCCCAACCCCCAUGCAGAUGUCUGGUAACUUGAUUAUUGUUGGCAAAACAUUUAACUUCAGCAAGUUAAACACCGAAGGUCAUGCUGUAAAGGCAAUCACUGCUGCUCAGAGACGUGGGCAGGACGUUGAGACAUCCAAGAAAUGGUCUGCAGGACAGAACAAACAGCAUCUUGUGACAAAGAACACAGCCAAACUGGACCGGGAGACAGAGGAGCUUCACCAUGACAGAGUUCCCCUGGAGGUGGGCAAGUACAUUCAGCAAGGCAGACAGGAUAACGGUCUGACCCAGAAAGACCUGGCUACUAAAAUUAACGAGAAGCCUCAAGUCAUUGCGGACUACGAGUGUGGGAAAGCAAUUCCUAACAACCAGGUCUUGGGCAAGAUAGAGAGAGCAAUUGGGCUGAAACUGCGUGGGAAGGAUAUUGGCCUACCACUGGAGGCAAAACCCAAGAAGAAAUGAAUACAAAGCCUCGAAAUCAGCCCUCCCGCCCCAUCUUUCCCUGUUUCUAGAAACGGAACCUUUUCCCCACCCUCAAAGAAUCUCCCCCAUCCCUCCCUCCCACUACCUGGGCUGAUCUCACCUGUGUCCUGCCUGAGGACCUGGUGCUCCACUGCAUUACAGGCUGCAUACUGAAACAGUUACUUGACCACAUAAUCAAUGAAUGAUCGAACAUAUUUUUCAACGUCACAAGCUCCAAGUUCUGUGAACCUUCUUUUCACCUAUGUCUGCUUAGACUUUGGCAUGAUAAAUUAAACUUUUUGAUAGUAAUGUUAGCUCAUUCAAAAAGUUGACUUAUUUUUCAUGACCAAACAAACUAGUUUGACAUUAAUUCUGAGCAUGAUGUUAAGCCAAAAGUGCUUGAUUGCAUCUUUUUCACACACUUGAGACAGUGGGUGUAUUUACAGUGUUGAAUUUCUUUUUUAAUGCUGUGCUUUGUUUUGAUCUAAAAAAUAAAGUUUGACAAUUCAUGACA